UCGAAGUACUAGGCGGGAGCUUGAGGGCAUUUGGGGCGUCAUGGGGAGCUACUUCGAUCUGGAUGAUAUCCUCGCGGAGGAAGAGCCUGUGGGAGUGCAGUUCCGCGUCGCGGCCGCUGGAGUAGGGAUCCUAGAUCCGAGCGCGGAAGAAAACCAGGUAGAGGUAGGAUCCAAAGUCGAGCUUCCCUUUUGGCUGGCGCAGGAGCUUUGGUACAGCCAAGCCGUGUCGUUAAAACUCCCAAACUUCUACAAUGAACGCAUUCGAAAGGAAGUUAAAGCGGAUCCCGGAUGUGUCGAUUUGCGAAGCAGGUGUCCUUACUUCUACGAGCUUGGCUGCAAGUUGGUCCCGCUCGCUCAAGAUGCGACACUCGGUUCGUUCCUCAUGUUUUCCCUCCGCGGCCGCUACAGGGAUUUGCUGUGCAAAUCACACACUGCCGCCGGUACCGUGACGCCCAAGUUCUUGGCGCGUCUCACGAGAGAAGAAACUCGACGUAAGCAUAAUUUCGCUUUGUAUAUCACUCCCGAGUUUUCGUCCUUUUUCUUCUCUACAGUGUUUGAGGCUGGCGCCGAGUCCAUGAAAGCGUUUAGAAAGUGGCGGCUGGAGGGGACCCGGCUAGAGAAAGCUCCGGUUUUGGGAAAGAAGCGACGUCCUACCAGUGAUACGCCGGAAAACACUUGAGCACGAACCAGAACUUUUUCUCUCUCAUGUCAGUGGUAACUGUCAACGAAAUCCCGUGGUCUGCUUUCCAACGGCCGUGGGAACGGAAUGUGCUGAAGCCGCAGAAUAUACUCGUGGUUUUCCAGCACACAC